AUGGGCAGCCGUCCGAUGUCGGCUCCAGUGCGACAUCCAACCCCGACGAGCCCGUUGCCACAGUCAACGGCUGCGCCACUCAUCAGCGGGUACACGCCCACGAAGCCACCUGUCUAUGGCAAGGACGGCUUCAAGGAGCGCGACCAACAGAAGUUCGCCAAACGUUUCAUCGUGUACGCCCGCGGCCAAGACGCUAUUAGCGUGAGCAGCGGUGUGCGCAUCGGGACUGUAUCAAUGAGCUCCUGCAUGACGGCGGAGGCUCUCGCCCACCACGCGCGGUUCCAAUUCGAUCGUCCCAUCGAGGACAUUCGCGAGACGGAGUGGGAGGCGAUGUUCGAGGCGGCGAUGCUCAUACCAACGUCGAGCAAGGCUGUCGUUGUCGCCCUCCUCAAACAGCUGUCGAUGGACAACACCCUCCUUCGCACGAGCGACCGCAUGACGGACUGGCAGGCGAGGUACAUGGACAUCCUCACGGAUGAGGCAGCCGAGGAUAUCGACUACUUCCAUCCCAAGGCCGUCAUUCAGGCGCUCAUGCAUGGCAUCAAGCCCGACGGAGCGAAGGCGCUGGUGCGAAACAGCUACGAUUUCGAUGAUAAGGAGAUCAAGUUCAACAUCUCCAAAUUCUGGAGCCAUGUGCGCGGUGUGCUGAGCAACGUGCUCCCGGCCAUGGCGGCCGAGGCCGACGCACUCCGCGCCAAGGGCAUUAGCAACAAGGAACGUGCCCCGGUAGUCCCAGCUCCGCCAACAGUGCUGGCCGCCGAGGUCAAACGACUCCAAGAAAAUGCCACACUGGCAGCGGCUGAGGUCAAACGUUUGACGCCUGAAGCCACAACCCGCCCCGCUUGUGGCGAUGGUGGCGGCGAAGGUUGCGAUAGCAUAUUUCGACCGCCCGACCCACUCGUGGAUCGGGCCAAAAUGAGCUGUCCGAACGGCAACGUCGCCAAGCCCAAGACGGUGCUCGCUAUCUCGCACCCAGAGGUCGUGUAG